UCUGGAUUUUAAUGUGUAACCACGAGGACACUAACGGUAUGCCGUAAAAAGUUGGCUGUCUAUAAAUACCCAGCGACGGCAGUAUUUUGUCACAUGACACGGUCAAAAUGGCAGACGAACUAAUCGAGGGAUGUGCGGUGUUAGCCAAGUCUCUGAAAGAUCAGGGCGUGCAGUAUGUGUUUGGCAUUGUGGGUAUACCUGUCAUCGAGGUGGCGAUGGCUGUACAAAGGGAAGGAAUCAAGUUUAUCGCUAUGCGAAAUGAGCAGGCAGCCUCUUAUGCUGCGUCUGCUAUUGGUUACUUGACUGGAAGGCCUGCUUGUUGUCUGGUUGUGUCUGGUCCUGGCCUGGUCCAUGCCAUAGCAGGGAUGUCCAACGCCAUGGAAAACUGCUGGCCAAUGAUAGUGAUAGGUGGUUCAUCAGAGCGAGACCAGGACAAGAUGGGGGCAUUCCAAGAGUACCCCCAGGUGGAGAGCGCUCGCCUGUACAGCAAGCUGACCUGUCAGCCCAGCAGGAUUGAGAGGAUUCCCUACUAUGUGGAGAAGGCUUACAGGACAAGUAUUUAUGGUAGACCAGGCCCAGUGUAUAUAGACAUACCAGGCAACUUUGUGCUAACUCAAGUUCCAGCUAAAGAUGUUCGCUACAUCCCACGUUGCCCACCUCCCCCUAAGACUUGUGCCAGCACUGAAGACGUAAAGCGUGCAGUAGAUGUACUAUCAUCUGCAAAGAAACCAUUAGUUAUUAUUGGGAAGGGUGCUGCAUAUGCUCAGUGUGAGGAGGAGUUGCGGUCCCUGGUGGAGGGGUGCAGACUGCCCUUCCUGCCCACACCCAUGGGGAAAGGGACACUUCCGGAUGACCACACCCUCUGUGUGGCUGGCGCUAGAUCUACGGCCCUACAGGAAGCAGAUGUAAUUCUGUUGCUAGGGGCCAGACUCAACUGGAUCCUGCAUUUUGGAGCUCCGCCCCGCUUCAGAGCGGAUGUCAAGUUUAUUCAGAUUGAUAUUUCCCCAGAAGAGAUAGGCAACAAUGUUCACCCAGCAGUGGGAUUGUGUGGAGACCUGAAGUCAGUCCUGGCACAGAUGAAUUCAGAACUGGGUCAGAGGCGACCAGCGUUUGUGCUCAACUCCCAGUCUGAUUGGUGGAAGGUCUUGCAUGAGAAAGUGGCUAAGAACAGAGCCAGUGUGGAUCAGAACUCGGCCGACAAGGCUCUGCCUUUAAACUACUACGCCGCAUUUGAUGAGGUUAACAAGAUAAUUCCAAAGGAUGCCAUUGUGGUGAGUGAAGGUGCCAAUACAAUGGACAUCAGCCGAACAUGCAUCCCUAAUAUUCUCCCCAGACACAGACUAGACGCUGGCACGUUUGGCACCAUGGGUGUGGGGGUGGGGUUUGCAAUAGCCGCCGCGGUCUGGUGUCAGGACCAUGCCCCGGGGAAACGGGUUGUUUGCAUCCAAGGUGACAGCGCGUUUGGGUUCUCUGGCUUUGAGGUGGAAACCGUGUGCAGGUACCGUCUCCCGAUCAUCUUUGUGGUCAUCAACAACAAUGGUAUCUCGAGAAGCUUCAGCGAGGAAGUCUUCAACAGCCUGGAGGGGACGGACAGAUUUAUCACACAUCCCCCAACCGUACUGUCCCCUAACGCGCGCUAUGACAAGGUCCUUGCAGCUUUUGGCGGCAAUGGCUACUACUGCCAGACACCGGGGGAGAUCCAAAAGGCGCUGACAGAAUCGCUGGCAAACACGAAGCAACCUUCCAUGUUGAAUAUCAUGAUCAACACAAUGGCUGACAGGCGGGCGCAGGCAUUUUCCUGGUUGGAGUCUAUACAGCCAAGCAAGAUGUGAGGGGUCUUCCAAACAAAGCAUGAAGGAGCACCUCCAACUUGUGAUGUUUAUGUUUGGGUGAUGGAUUGAAAAGAGUGUGUGAUAACUGGGGAUAAUCCUUGUAAAGAAAGCAUGGCUUUCAUACAUUAUGGUGUUAUUAUAUGAGCCGAGUCUUGAGAAUAGUCGGCUUAAUGCUUGUGCUUAAAGUGUCGUCCUAGAUUUGAUAAACAUGUGCAGUACUGACAGGCUAAUCAGGGACGACACUUUUUAUGUCCCCCACUAUAGUAGUGGGGGACAUAUUGUUUUUGCCCUGUCUGUUGGUCUGUCUGUUUGCGCCAACUUUAACAUUUUGCAAUAACUUUUGCUAUAUUGAAGAUAGCAACUUCAUAUUUGGCAUGCAUGUGUAUCUCAUGAAGCUGCACAUUUUGAGUGGUGAAAGGUCAAGGUCAAGGUCAUCCUUCAAGGUCAGAGGUCAAAUAUAUGUGGCCAAAAUGGCUCAUUUUAUGAAUACUUUUGCAAUAUUGAAGAUAGCAACUUGAUAUUUGGCAUGCAUGUGUAUCUCAUGGAGCUGCACAUUUUGAGUGGUGAAAGGUCAAGGUCAUCCUUCAAGGUCAGAGGUCAAAUAUAUGUGGCCCAAAUCGCUUAUUUUAUUAAUACUUUUGCAAAAUUGAAGAUAGCAACUUGAUAUUUGGCAUGCAUGUGCAUCUCAUGGAGCUGCACAUUUUGAGUGGUGAAAGGUCAAGGUCAAGGUCAUCCUUCAAGGUCAGAGGUCAAAUAUAUGUGGCCCAAAUCGCUUAUUUUAUGAAUACUUUUGCAAUAUUGAAGAUAGCAACUUGAUAUUUGGCAUGCAUGUGUAUCUCAUGGAGCUGCACAUUUUGAGUGGUGAAAGGUCAAGGUCAAGGUCAUCCUUCACAAGGUCAAGGUCAUCCUACAAGGUCAAACAUCAUAUAGGGGGACAUUGUGUUUCACAAACACAUCUUGUUGCUUUAUGGUAGUUUUCGUUUUAAGGAAAAGACUCUUCUUUGAGAACACUUUACGCACAUGAAUUAAAUCCACUUUCCCCAGAGAAAGGCUCAUUUAUAUUAGGCUAAAGUUGUUUUAAAUGGCAUGGUAUGCUAUUUCUGUUGUAUUAUUUAUGUUUGAUAUGUUUUUGGAACAUAAUUUGUUUAUUAGGAAACAAUUGCAAAAUGUGUUGUCUUGAACUUGACAGAAAGAAAUAUUUGUAAAUAAGCAAAACAACUGAUAGAUUGACAAUACAUGUUCUCAUAUUUGUAAUAGUAUGUAUGAUUAGUAGAUUACCAAAGACUGCUAUUAUUUUAAAGUAAAAAGGAAGUCUGUUCGAAACUAAAAUCCAGGGGCUGUAUUCCAGUAGCUUCUUAAGUUAAAAUAUAACUUACGUUGAAAUAUUGCGCAAUAUUUUUUCUUAUCUCCGCCAUUUUUUCUUUAAACAUAAGAUUUCACUUAAGUUAAAUUCUGGUAGCUUCAUAAACUUAAUAAAUUUCUUUACUCUGUGUAUUUUUUCUCAUAUAUUUAAAAUCAAGUCAACUUCCUUUAACUCUUAAAGGAAUUUCUUAAAGAGAAAUACUAAGCGUCUCAUGUUUUGUUUUUGACAUUUCAAAUUUAACAUAAGAAAUUUAUUUAAGAAAUUUCUUAACUUAAGUGAAAAAUAAAGAAGCUACUGGAAUACGGCCCCUGAUUAGGCAGAAACUGGCGUCCUUGAUUAGCCUUUGCGGAUUGCACUUGCUUAUCUGGGAUGACACUAAAUGCACAUGCAUUAAGCCCUGUAUUCCCAGAACGAGGCUCAAUUUAACGUUUGAAGCUUAAGAAACUCAAUUUACUAUAGUACUCACUAGACCUUUCGUUCACAGUCAAUAAGGGACUUAAUAUAACAACAAAUAAGGUAUUCUGAAGAAAGCCACUGUCAGCCUUAAGUACGUUUGUCUUUGUGUAUGCAUCGCGUACAAUUCUUUCAAAUAGUCUCCUGUACCAAUCUGAAGAUUUAACGAAACUUUACAUUUUCAAGCGAGUUAAUUUGAUCCUCUUAAAAAUCAUUAUUGAUAAACGUUGAUGAAUAUAAUACUUGAAUAAAAGUUCAGAUGAACCAACCAAA